AUGAUGAAUUCAAACACGAAUUAUGAUCGCAAUGCAGAAAACAGAACUUUAAAAAGAAAUGAACAAAUUCAGGCGGCUAGCUUAGCUAGAACAUUGCAAAGCUCGGGUAUUGCUGAAAGGGCUCGCUCUCCAUCAGGUUCAGCGGUACCCCAUGUAUAUCAAAGAUGCCCCAGUAGUAGCCACGUUCGCGAUUCUUCACUUCCAGUAACCUCCAGCCCAGCCUACGUGGCUAUGACUUCUCGAAUGUCUUCUUUGAAAGGGUCGCCUAGUUCAACUUCCAUGCUGAGCGAAAAUUCUGAAGAGGGGAGCGAAAAGCAAGACAAAAAUAUAAGUCAACAAAUCGACAUAUCCAAUUAUCUCAACAAUCAAAAAAUAAACGGGAAAAAUCUGCCAAUUGCUUCCCUCGAAGCGUUGGUAAAAGAAGGUGUCCUCUCUGAUGAACUUUCUUUUGUUGCUUAUGACAUGUCUUUUGACGACGACAUGUUUCGAAACCCGCAGCUCAUUGACCAUGCAACUUUUGAUCAGCUCUUAGAGAUGGAUGAUGAUGAUCAGCACGAGUUUAGCAAAAGUAUUGUAUUCAACUACUUUGAGCAAGCUGAAACAACUAUUAAGGAAUUACAUGAGGCACUCAAGCGGAAGGAUUUGAAAAAAUUGUCUUCUUUGGGUCACUUCUUGAAAGGCUCUUCUGCAGCCUUGGGUCUUACGGAAAUGAAGAAAGUUUGUGAACGUAUCCAAAAUUAUGGCGCCCUUCGUAGUAGGGACGGUGCACUUACCCUUCCUACAGAAGAGAUAGCUCUGGAUUUCAUUGGCAGAACUCUAGGUACUGUCGAGGAUGUUUAUAGCGAUGUCCAUUCUUAUUUGGAAAAGUUUUAUCAGAAUCUUAUUCAUUAA